AUGUGCGAUAGCCAUCAAAAAGAAGAAGAUAGUGCAAGUGCGAGCGAAAGCGCGUUGUUCUUCAACUAUCAUGAAUUUUCCUAUUCGUUCUACGAAGACCUCGGUUCCGAGGACGCUAAACCCACAGAACACGACGGGGACCACAAAUUGUGUAUUACGCAUUUCCCGAAUGUGUAUGCUGCCCGGGGCUCGGCUGAAUUUCAGGUGACCCGGGUGGUACGGGUGCCUCGUCGGUUUGAUGAGUCCCGGAGCAGUUUAGAAGCGCCACAGUUCAGCACGCAGCUGCCCGGCAGCGAGCCGGCGGCGAUCGUCGGAGACGAUGUCGCCGGAUUUGUGCGGCGCGGGCGCUACGAUAUUGGAGGUCACGUGUUUGGCUACACUUCCGUGUCGCCACUGUCAGACCACCUUAGCAGAGCAGAGUUCGCGGAUGUGGUGAACCGGGUAAACGGGUACUUGCUGCGGAAGCAAGGUGAGGUGUACGGGUGGCGUAACUUGAGUGGUGUUGUUCUCGACGCGCUCACGGGCGGUCUGUGGAGCUGGAUUGUAGGGCCCCUUCUUUCCGGCCCUGUGUUUCAGGAGUCUCUCACGCUAGAACAGUACGUGGCGCAGCUGAAUUCGCCGGGCGGUUUGCUCUACGAGCGCGGUGUGCGCCUAGUCCCGCCCCGACGGUCUGGGUGCCUAUCCCUGGAUUUCGUCGUGCCUCGACCCGAAUAG